AGAAGAAGGGGACAGAGUGACGAAGAUGGCAGAAACAUUAUUAUUGUCCAUUUCAAAUUGUAUUUCAAUAUAUUUCAGUGAAUCUUAGACCGAGAGAUCGAGAUGGAGAGAGAGAGAGAGAGAGAGAGUGGGUGGGAUGGAGUGUGGGAGAGAGUGGGAGAAAACGUGAUGGGAGCAGGAAAAAAACGAGAAAGGAAGAGGAGUCAGAUGAGAGAGCGUGAUAAUAUUUUGGGAAAUCCCUCUGAUUAGAUCACCAUCAUCUUCAUCCUGACCAUUCACCAUCACUCUCCCCCCAUCCCCUCGUCAGAUUGAACAGAUUUACGGGAUAACGACCCUAACGACCUGACCAAAUCCACAUUUCGGGAUAACGUUACGUAAUCACCGUUACUCGGGGAUUAGGCAGAGACCGCCUUGCUGACCAUGCGUGCAAUACUCGCACUUUCUCCCCGGAACUUGACAGAUUUCGUUUCUGGUGUAAAAAGACGGCAUCACUCCCAACCCAUCACUAGUUUUGGAAGAACUAUAUAACUUUGUAAUACCGUGAAGGGUUAUAUCCCAACUUGUGUUAUUUCUCUAUCAUCUAUAUGCCAGUAUAUCGUUUGUUGUCGGGAUUCGAUAUUUACUUACUGACCAAGUAAGAGUACUGGAUGAAUCAUCUCAGAUGUCAUCAUAUUUCAACUCGAGACUUCGAAGUUUCAGAGAUGGUAACCACAGUUCAGUAAAUUCGUUAUACUAGUAGACAACACAAAGAACUUGUGGUUCUAUAAUUAACUCAUUUUACUUUUCUUACUUUGUCAUGCCAAUAAAGUGUGAUAUUUAAUCUGGUAUUUAUUGGUAUUCAUCGUAUUGGUAUUUAUCAACAUCAUUUUUUGCUCACUGUAUUCAACAGUAGAUGCCAAACAGGCAAUAUACAGAAUAAUUAGUACGAAAUUCAUUCAUUGGGAUUUGGUUAUAUUGGUAAUCAUAAUGCCGGGCCAGACAGACUGUGUGAAAAAUAUCGAGAACCUACGAAAUGAGAGAACUCCAGGAUUUAUAGCACAAAACUCCGAGUUGGUAAGCCCGGGUGUAACCGCGUCACACAAAAGGCGAAAGACAGAGGGUGAUGCCGAACUGACCAGCGGAAUGAUGGGCCGCAACAUGACGAAGAUUAGUCAACCUUUGGAGAAACCACCUGGUAACCAUGGCAACGGGAAGGCAUCUUCCAAUGCCGCAUUCUCUAUAGAGAAGAUACUGUCACCGGCUUGCCAUUCCACUGAUGCAGUUCAUGUCUCUGCUGGGCCGACGGAACCGGCCGAAAUAACCACACCGACCGGUCGACCAUCUCUUACUCCUCGAGCUCAAGCUCCGGGAGGGAAUAAACGAAUGAGGAACAAUUCAGAUAACACAGACGGAGCCGAUGAGUCGAGUGCCGAUCUUAUGCCCGCUGAUAAGUGGUACGACACUUUACUCUGGCAACAACACCAACAACUUUACCAGCAACGUCUUGCAGCGGCUUCUUCGUUAUAUCAUCCGCAACACUUUCCGACCCAUCAUCCAGUACCAGAGAACGGCAUCCACCCAUCCUUCGGCCCGGCGAUGCCCGGGAGGAUGCACCCCUUCAACUGCCUAUGUGCAGGACAGAUGAUGAAUGAUCAACCAUAUUUCUUGUUAACGCCCGCGGGCUACAGCAUACCCUCCCCAUUCGAGCCCGACCACCACUACUCGUCGUUGCGCUAUUGUCGACGUCGUAAGGCCCGCACCGUGUUCACUGAUUACCAGAUUCGGGGCCUGGAAGAGCGCUUCGUCCACCAACAAUAUCUAUCUACCCAUGAGCGAGUUGAACUGGCCAAUGUUCUAUUUCUUACAGAGGCACAGGUGAAGACUUGGUUCCAGAACAGGAGGAUGAAGGAGAAGAAGCUAACCCGAGACUCCCUGCAUGACGGCGAUGCAGACGACGAUCAAUGUGAUGAUGACGAGGACGCCAAACUUGCAUUUGAAGAGGGCGAUGAUGUCAGUGACGAUUCAGACAACGAUGGCGAUCCGUCCAAGAGUGGGGAUACCACUAACAAAUGAUAGAGGACUUUGAUUUGGGGAGGGAAGACAAUGGAUGAGUUUCAGGGGUAGUUUGAGGGUAGAGAGGGGGAGCAAUCAUGAGACGAAUAGUCUGUGAUUUUUCACUAACUUUCGUUAUAAGCUACGGAAAUCCUUGCAUCUGAUUGGUUCAGAGUAAGAUAACCGACAAUGGAUUACAUUCUAAGUGUAAAACAAAAAUCUGAGUAUUUUUGUACAGGUAUAGGCCUUAUGACUUGGGCCCCAUCUUGCAUAGAUUUGCGAUUGAUCCGAUCAACUGCAACUAUGGAAAGCCUGCAACAUCAACAUCUAAAGUGCAUGUUUGUUCAAAAUAUUUUCUAGAAACUUAUGUGUGCUUCUCCUUGUUCGCAAACUAAAUUGUGCGAAUUUCCUGUAGAAAAAAUUAUGACAUUGAUGGAUUUCCAUAUAUAGUUCAGGUUGACUGGAUCAAUCUUAUCCAGGUGCGGAUCUAGAGUUGAAAUUUUUGGGGUGCUACAGGAUCCAAGAUUUAAAAAAAGGGGUGGCAUAUUUUACCCGUUGGAAAUUUGACAAGCAAAAAAAAAAUAAAAAUAAAAAGUUGUAUAUUUAAGGUCUAUUCGUCUCUCUCUCUUUUGUUUAAAUCAUACAGGGGGCUAGCGCACCUUCAGCCCCCUCUGCCCCCUCCCCCCGGAUCCGCGCCUGUUAUCUCUUCGUAAGACUGGACCCUGGUGACUUAUUCCUCCCUGUUCCCUAUUCAUGUAUAGUAAAGAAAACACCCCCACUUACUCCCUUACUCUCCAUUCAAUUAUUCCCCUUUUCUAGUUGUUGUCUACUUUCUCCCCCGCUUUCUCCUCACUUGCAUCACUUGGAAGAUUAUAGGUGGUGGGGCUCCAUGCAGUUACGCCGCGCGGUACGGUAAACGUGUAAAUAAAAAAAACUAAGUUUUCAAACGUUUAGAUCGAUCAGUAUGAUGUGCGUCAUUCCAGCCUUCUAUAAAACAUGACCAAACUACCUCUUGGUAUAUAUUCAUCCAUCCUAUCGAGACAUAAAAUACGAGUAAGAAGUUUGCAAAUGCCUUGCCAUGUUUCUAUAAUCCUGUUGUAUCAGUGCGACGCGGCACUAGUCGAUAACUUCGAUAUUAAAGCUAUAAUCAUUAAUUACUAAUUAGUAACGAAACCUUCAAACUACUACAACAGAAUAGGGAUUGCAAAUAGCAGUGUUUUUCACUUUCUUCAUUCGAUUUGAAAAUCAAAAUCAAUCUGCUUUUGUUCAAAUUCUAGUACUACUAUUGCCUCAAAAGCUCUUCCGCUCUCAGGCAAUAAUGCAUCGCUUUGGAAAAUAAGCUGAUAAGCUAGGAUCAGUGGGAUCAGGGCAAACUUUUCAAUGGCAAUAAGGACAUGUUUCAAAUAUAUAUUAAGUUUUUAUAGAACUUUGCCAUGUACAAGAAUCUUCACUCAUGUUUGAAUCACAGUGCAAAGGGCAAACUUUAGUCGUAAUUAAAUUGAAUAAAAACACGAAGUUGGAAAUAUCAUGGGUGUAAACUUGAAACGAUCAUAGAGUUUCGACUUCUUUGACAAAGAAUUUUUGUGAGUUUCUUGUUUCUCAGUUUGACCUAUUGCAUUAUCAUGUUCAAGAACGUGUUCAAAGUGAAAAUGAUAAAUAAAUUUUGAAAAAUGU